UAAGGUUUUAUCAAGCUUCCCUUUCAAUCACAAACACCAUUUAGAUUAUAUAUAUAUAUGGAGGGUGUAAAGGAACAAUUACAAGCUCCUAUAUAUAGAACUUUAACCACCGUACAUAGCAUUGAUGGUGGUGGAAUAAGAGGGAUCAUCCCUGGAAUUAUACUUGGUUUCUUAGAAUCUGAACUUCAGAAACUGGACGGUGAAGAUGCAAGACUAGCAGAUUACUUCGAUGUGAUAGCAGGGACCAGCACCGGUGGCUUGGUGACAGCCAUGCUAACUUGUCCGAACGACAAGAACCGACCAUUAUUUGCUGCCAAAGACAUCAAAGACUUUUACUUAACUAAUUGUCCUAAAAUAUUCCCUCAACCAGGAUUUCCAUUGUUUUCUCAAACAACAAAAGUUCUCAAAGCUCUAUCAGGACCAAGAUAUGAUGGCAAGUUCUUACAUUACAUUAUUAAAAAAAAACUAGAAGGGAGAAGGUUGAAUGAGACAUUAACUAAUGUUGUUAUCCCAACAUUUGAUAUCAAGCUUCUCCAGCCAGUCAUCUUUUCAAGCUUUCAGGUGAAAAAAAACCCUACUUUGAAUGCCUUACUUUCAGACAUAUGCAUAGCAACCUCAGCUGCACCAACAUACCUCCCUGCUCAUUACUUUAAAACCAUAGUCUUCGAAAGGAAAAAAAGAGAAAAUAACCUCAUUGAUGGUGGUGUGGCUGCAAAUAACCCAGUAUGCAUCGACAAAGAGGAAAGAGAAAAUAACCUCAUUCAUGGUGGUGUGGCUGCAAAUAACCCAGUAUGCAUCAAAGAAGAGGAAAGAGAAUAUAACCUCAUUGAUGGUGGUGUGGCUGCAAAUAACCCAACUUUACUGGCUAUGGGGGAAGUGAGCAGGGAUAUUAUUGACAAAAACGGUGAUUUGGGUACCCAAAAAAACAAAAACGAUAAUUCCAAGCCGUGUAAUGAAGCCAUAGACUAUAGUAAAUUUCUGGUUAUUUCGUUGGGGACUGGCUCUAGCUCUGAGGCAAAAACCACAACGAAAUACAGUGCUAAACAGGCGGCCAAAUGGGGUAUGUUAGGGUGGUUAACCAGCGGUGGUUCGACGCCGUUAGUGAAUGUUUUUACUCAAGCCAGUGGAGACAUGGUCGACCUUCACCUGUCUGUUUUAUUUAAAGCUCUUGACCACUCAGAUAAAUACCUUCGAAUCCAGGAUGACGAAUUAAAGGGGGAUGUAUCAUCUGUGGACAUAGCCACGAGGAAAAAUUUGGAUGAAUUGGUCAGAGUCGGCGAGAAACUGUUGAGGGAUCCAGUUUCUAGGGUUGACUUGGUAACCGGCAAGUUCAAGCCCGUCACUGAAGAGACUAACGAAAUAGCCCUUAAAAGGUUUGCAAAAUUACUGUCCGAAGAGAGACAGAAACGACAUCCUAAACCACUUCAAGAGAAGGCUGAAACACAAAAUUAGUAGUUUUCACCCAUAAAUAUUGGAAGUCAAUUGCACUUCCAAUAAAACACCACAUAUUUGUACCUUAGAGUACAAAUAACUUUGUGAUUUAAUAAAAAUCCCAAAAUGGGAUAAUAACUUGUAAUUCCUUGCUGUUGGAACUCUACUCAUUUUCUUUGGAUUGUAUGCGUACAAUAAUAAUAUUUCAUCAUUUGUUUA